GAGGCGGCUCGUGCUGAAUUGGAGCAGUCUGUGGUGGACGACGACGGAAAGGCCGCAGCCCCUGCCCCGCUGUUGAUCGUCCUGGGUGGCGGCGACUUCGGCCGGGAGGAGGUGCUGCUGAAGAAAUUGGAGCUGCUGAUUGGUUUGUCGCGCCUGGCGCAGUACGAGAAGGGAGGCGUGCACAUCAUGGCCGCUGGAGAAUUGGCCCCCGCUUUGCUUGGAGGUGUUCUUGGCAUGCCGAUGGGUGACGGCCUAUCCCUGGAUGGUGCUAUCAAGGCAGCGCUUCGCGAGGCGAAGGCGAAAAUCGAUUCACCCGUGGCCAGGCUCUUUUGGAAGUGA